AUGGCAGACAGGGUGCGCUAUAACAUAGCCUUCUUACUUUCCAAUCUAGAUGCAUCCGUGAUCUUGGAACUCUUGCUGGAGAAUGAUGUGCUGGACGUUGAUGAAUAUGAUACUGCCUCUAGCAAGGAAAACGUGAAGUCUGAUCUGACAAAGUACGUGGUGAGGCUGAUGCUGAAGAAAACGGACGAACAGGUCGAUGCGUUCCUGAGUCUCGUUCAGCACAGCCAGCCUCAUGUAGCGGAACAUGUCGCCAGUACCAUGGCGAAGCGACGCGAUGCAGCUGCCAGUAGGAAAACUGACCGUCCAACGAAGCCAAUGUCGGCAAAUCAUGAGUCAACACUUGGCUCGUCCUCCGACAAUCCGUUUGACCUGGAUAGGUUUGUGUGUGACAUUCAACCAUGGUUGAACAAAGUUGACGCAGAUCGACUGCGACGGAUGGUGAUCAAGAAACAUAUCAUAACUGACAGCGCAUCAAUAGAGAGACUAAAGAGAAUUCGGUCCCGGGAUGGACUAUCUGAUCAUAAUGAGGAGCUCAUCCAGUUGCUCAGAGCUGGUGGCCUAAACACUUAUCGUGAUCUCAGUGUUGUCAUUGAGGAACUGGGGUAUGCGGACAAGAGCAAGGAAAUGCUCUCCAUUUUGUCCCACACAGUUGGCAAACAGGAAACACAGCCAUUGCAGCACAUAGUGGGGGAUGGUGAGGCAGACCAGCAACGGACCUCCAACAGAUGUGAGCCAAUCUUCAAACAACCAACAUCAGCUGGAACAACAGCCAAUGUAACUAGAACGGGUACAACAUUGACUACAACACAGGAUUCAGCUAGAUCAGGCACUUCAAGCCAGUCAUCUUUACCAGACCAGGACGAACACUUCACUGGCAGGGAUGACAUUGUUACAGAGAUCAGUCACAACAUUCUCACAACAAAGUCCAAGUCAUCAUCUACACGUGUGCAGAGUCUUGUGGCACCAGCUGGUUUUGGUAAGACGUCCGUAGCCAUUGCUGUGGGACAUGUAUGUCGCAAUGCUGGUUGUCGUGUGGAGUUCUUUGACUUACGCGGUGUAGCUGGUGUUGACGCUGUCCAGGCAAUGAUUCAAAACCGACUCGAAACAAACCCAGCUUCAUCUGAAACUACUGGCAAAGCAACGAAAUCAACUGAUGGCAGGGAUGAUGAUGGUGGCAAACACCACAUGUUAUGUAUUCUGGAUAAUGCGGAGGAUGCUAUGCAGGCUGGUGCUGAUAAAGAUUUCCAACUACAAGAUGUCAUCAAACGACUACUUCGACUACAACACAACGCCCAUGUCCUACUGACAAGUCGUGUUUACUUUGACCUACACGCUGCCCAGUUUAAACUACAACAACACCGUCUUGAUGGUCUGACAAAGCUGGCCUCCUACUAG